GCCUCGCGCAGGGCGGGGAGAGGCGGCGGCCCCCGGCGCCGGGCCCCGAACCUGUCAGACCGGGGAGCCGGCCUGGAGCUGCGGGCGCGGCAGGCGCGAGGACGGCCCCGCUCCGCGCGCGGCCCCGGCCCGAGCUGUGCGAGUCGGCCCCGCCGAGCCGGCCGGGGGCGGGGAGAUGAGCGGCGGCCCCGCGGCAGCGCCCCAGGUAGACUCGCCGCCCCCUCGCGGAGCCCGGGCGCCUCCGGGCCGGCCUGGCGCCCCCGCCGCCGGGGCUUCGGAACUUGUGGGCAGUGUCGGGGCGCCUUUGAUUUAUAACGUGUUAACGUGUUUCGUUUUGCACAGGAUGGGGAGGGACGCGCGGCGGUGCCAUCGGGAACUGGCGCUCCGGUGAAGUAGGAGCCGGCGCAGCCGCCGGCCGGCCGCCUGCACCGAGCCUUUCGGUGCCGCGGCGGCUCAGCCUCUGCCAUGGCCGGAUCCGGCGCGUGGAAGCGCCUCAAAUCUCUGCUAAGGAAGGAUGAUGCGCCGCUGUUUUUGAAUGACACCAGCGCCUUUGACUUCGCGGACGAGGUGGGGGACGAGGGGCUUUCUCGGUUUAACAAACUUCGAGUUGUGGUGGCCGAUGAUGGUUCUGAAAUCCCAGAAAGGCCUCUUAACGGGGCGCACCCGGCCCUGCAGGCCGACGACGAUUCCUUACUGGACCAGGACUUAGCUUUGACCAACAGCCAGCUGAGUUUGAAGGUGGACCCCUGUGACAACUGCAGCAGACAGCGAGAGUUACUGAAGCAGAGAAAGGUGAAAACCAGAUUGACCAUUGCGGCCGUUCUUUACUUGCUUUUCAUGAUUGGAGAACUUGUAGGUGGAUACAUUGCAAACAGCCUAGCAAUCAUGACAGAUGCGCUUCAUAUGUUAACUGACCUAAGCGCUAUCAUACUGACCCUGCUUGCUUUGUGGCUAUCUUCAAAAUCACCAACCAAAAGAUUCACCUUUGGAUUCCAUCGCUUAGAGGUUUUAUCAGCUAUGAUUAGUGUGCUGUUGGUGUAUAUACUUAUGGGAUUCCUCCUAUAUGAAGCUGUCCAAAGAACUAUCCAUAUGAAAUACGAAAUAAAUGGAGAUAUAAUGCUCAUCACUGCAGCAGUUGGAGUUGCUGUUAAUGUAAUAAUGGGGUUUCUGUUGAACCAGUCUGGUCACCACUCCCAUUCCCACUCCCUGCCUUCAAAUUCUCCUACCACAGGUUCUGGCUGUCGGCACAACCAUGGGCAGGACAGCCUGGCAGUGAGAGCUGCAUUUGUACAUGCCUUGGGGGACUUGGUGCAGAGUGUUGGUGUACUAAUAGCUGCAUACAUCAUAAGAUUCAAGCCAGAAUACAAGAUUGCUGAUCCCAUCUGUACAUAUGUAUUUUCAUUACUUGUGGCUUUUACAACAUUUCGCAUCAUAUGGGACACAAUAGUUAUAAUACUAGAAGGUGUACCAAGCCAUUUGAAUGUAGACUAUAUCAAAGAAGCCUUGAUGAAAAUAGAAGAUGUAUAUUCCGUGGAAGAUUUAAAUAUCUGGUCUCUUACUUCAGGAAAACCUACUGCCAUCGUACACAUACAGCUAAUUCCUGGAAGUUCAUCUAAAUGGGAGGAAGUACAGUCCAAAGCAAAGCAUGUAUUAUUGAACACAUUUGGCAUGUAUAAAUGCACUGUUCAGCUUCAGAGUUACAGGCAAGAAGUGGACAGAACUUGUGCACAUUGUCAGAGUUCCAGUCCUUAACUUGAUACGUUUUGGGGACUACUGCCUUAUUCAUCCUGCAGUCACAGAGCUGAGGGCAGUAAAUGCGCACAUCUGCCUGAGGAAAUGGACUCCCUACCAGCUGUGUCCACAUCAAGCAGGGUCCCUCAGAACAGUCACUCCAGCCGGACAGCACUAGUUUCUGUUUAAUGGUAAGAUGAGACUUCACCCUGAUUGUCAGAUGAAGGUGUUUCCAAAACACUAUUCACAGAGUAAGAUGUGACUCCACGGAUACCUCAAAGAAGACAAUCCAAGACCACACUGCAUUAAUUAUGACAAAGUACAUGUCUUAAAGGAAGCAUCAAGAAUUCAGUAUUUGCAUUUAAAAAUCCUUUUUAAAGACCAUUUUUUAUCAAGCCAGUGCUGGAAAACUGAAUUUUUUUUAUUAUGUAAUCUUGACAUUCGGCUUCUGAAAUUUGACACCCAGCUCUCUUUUUACAGAAAUUAUUUCUCAGCAGAUUUCAGAGAGUACUAGACAUUAUCCAGAGAGUGGAAUAAGCAUGUAUUCCCACAUUUCAGAAAUGUUUUAUUUCACAAAUAACUUAGUUAUUAUUAUAGUUAUACUUUAUAAACAGUUUUUUCCAGAUGUUAUGGGGUUUUGCAUCUCAGAGUUAACAUUUUGGGUUAUUUGUAAUCUUAAUCAGAACCAAAUCUUUACAUAUUGUGAUCACUGUCAUUAGGAUUAUUUAGGAAGUAUUUUCAAUACUAUUCUGAAUCGCAGAAGUUCAUCUUAAACUCAAGUUACAAUAUGAUAAUGUAAAACAAAAUAUAGGAGUAAGGAUGGAGUGUGGAAUGUCAGAUUUAAGUCUUCCUGAAAUCAUUUUUAUUGUUCAUGGAAUUAUCUUUACUUAAGAAUAGGAGGAGACUGCAAAAUAUAAACAGUGGUCCUCUGUCCUUUCAAGAACUAGAAGUUUGCUUGGUACCUUGCUUCUGGCCUCCUUACCAGUUAGUCAGUUUGGGGCCUUUCCGGGUAAAACUCUGGAGGACUAAGGGUCAGUUUAUAAUGCCCAUCUUUCACAUGUGGAUUAACCACAUUCCUCCAGAGAGAUUUUCUGUUUGAUGAUAUGGGUUAGGGAUUCUCCAGGGACUCCAGAAACCCUAAGAUAUAAUUUUGAGGUUUUCCAAUAAUACCACAGCAGAAAUGCCCAAAGAGAUAGGGAGAAGACAUUACUCUGGAAAAAAAGAAAGAAAGAAAGAAAGAAAAGUCGAGGGUUUUUGACCUAGUGUUUGUGUUUUUCAAAGCACAGGAAUAGGGAUGGACAUUCAGUCUGUGGUGUGGGGAGGCUAACCAUGAAACUUUCCAAACUGAAUGCAACCUAAUUGGUAACAGUUGUGUUAAAGAGGCAGCUGUGACUAUUCAUGUUCCAUUUUGCAACUGUUGGUUUUGAGAUUAUCUUUAUGCACUUCAGGAGUCCAUUUUCACAGGGACAGUUUCUUAACCAAGAAUGGCUAUGGUUCUUUGGGUUCGCAGAGACUCAUGAGUAGAGUACAGUGUACUGGACAGACAGGUUAUGAACUGAAAGCCUACAUAAACAUGCAGAUGACUUAUAAAUAUCAAAGAAGGAUAGGAAACAGAUUUCCUCUUUUUACCAAGUACCUCACUGUAAGUAAACUGAAGAUAAAAUCUGAAUUUACCUGAAAGAUGAUUAUGAGUUGAUCGUAUCCCCCAAAAAAGGGUUGAUGAGGGUUAAUGGUAUUGAGUAAAAUCCAGUAAGUAUUUACUGAAUUGAAUUGAAAAUUAACUUUAGGGGAUUCUUACUGUGGAUCCAUUUAAAAUAAUGAUUUGAAUUUUUCAAAAAUUUGGGUGGUAUAUAAACUGUUUAAACCAAAAUUCUCAUAAAUAUGGAAGGCAAGUAAGAAUAAAUGAGAAGCAUUUCAGUGGACAUCUGGGCAUUUAUGGACUUUGGGGUGCCUAGCAAGAGAAAGGAAAAGAAUAUCCAUUAUAUGCUAAUGGAUUUUCCCAUAUUUGUAGUUGUUUCCCAUGUCCACGGAGCUUGUUUCUUGUAAACUUCCCUUUAUCUUAAAUAGGUAUAUCUUACUUUUCAUAUCAACCUAUUUCUUGAAAAGUUACUUGAUAAAACAGUCUAAAAUCCAUUCGAGGAUUGAAAAGGAGCCUUUUGUAAAAUGCAGAAACACUGAAAACUUCUGUGAAUCUUAAUGACUGUGUUCUAUUUAAAGUGAGGUACACAUGAAGUUUCCUGUCUUUGUCUUUUGUAGCAAGGAUUACAGAUUUUGUACUUUACUGGGUCUGUGAGACUGAGAAUUGAUAGAUUUCCCUUUUUGUAACUUGACAAAACCCACAAAGCAGUGUGUGAAUUUAGCAGAUACGACCAGGGGACCAGGGAGUGGUCUGCCUCUGAUAAGGAGCCUUGGGUCUGUCCCUCACCUGCCGAGCUGCAACCCCAAGUUACACCCCUCAGCCAGCCCUCACAGGAAGAGUUCACCAUCCUGUGACAAGCGGUGGCGAAUUGUGGAUAAACACCUAGCAUGGUUAAUUUUGCACUGGGAGAACAGAUCACAGCAUAAAAACUAGGCAGUUUCUUCAGUGUGAUGUAUUUUAAUUAACAUUUGCAAAUAAUCAGAGUUACUUGUAUACAUAAAACCCGUGUUUCCCAACUCUGGCCAGAGGGCAGGGUUUUGAUUUUAGGGAAAGACCUAUUUUUCAUUAACGAUCAUGCUGCCUUAGAAAUCUAAUGUGAGGAAUACAGUUGAAUAAGGCAUCUCUCAGAGGGCUUUGAAAUGAAGAACCACAAGCAAAUGGAAUUCCCACAUACACUUUAUAUUAGAGCUGUGCCUUGUGUAACGUGAGCCCAGGUUUUCGCAGCUUGCAGCUCCCAUCAGUAUUGUUUGCCAAAUCACAGGAUCUCUUAUUUUACUGUUUUCUUUUCAGAUUUUGGUACUUUAUUUGCAUUUUCUAAAAUUAAGUUUCCUGCUCUUGAAAGUCUCAGUGUUCUGGUUCUGUCUCUUGAACUCAAGUGUCUUCACUGACAGUGUUUGUCUUUAGUAGAAUUUUCCCAGAAUAGACACAGGCGAGAUUAGAUACAUGAGCUUUCCGUUCAUUUUAAUGUGAGGAAAACCAUCUUUCAGAAACAAAGCACCAUUUAUAAAUGUAUUUCUAGGUGAGGAAGAACGUUUUUUUUUAACAGCUGCUUGUCCUGAUCCAAAUUUCUCUGCACACUGAACUUUACAGAAUAAGUAUGAUAGCAAUAGACUACACUGUACAGCCAUGAGUGAAGAUCAUUUCUAGUAAGACUCUGGGUUUUGUUUCUCAAACAACUACUCAUUACUUUAGAAAAGAUAGUCAUUCACUUCUGAAACAAGCACAAUUAGCUAAAUUUCUUUUCUUUUUUCUUUUUUUCUUUUUUAUUAUUUUUAGUAGGCUCCACGCUGAGCUUAAACCCACGACCCUGAGAUCAAGGCCUAAAGUGAGAUCAAUUGCUUGAUUGAUCGGUUGCUUAACCGACUGAGCCCCCCAGGCCCCCCUACAUUUUCCUUUUAUGAAUUUAUAUAAAUUGGUUCACCAUGAUGAAUAGUGUGUUCUUACAGAAUUUGAACCCCUUUGGAAUAAGGUUUUAGGCAAUUUUGCUGUUGACUCUAGCUUACAUAUAGUAAAUUUAAAGUUAUAGAAUGUGUUAAUAGAUAUAAGAUUAGUUCAUUUGGCUCAGUUUGUCUUGGAACCAAGCUUAGCUCAUGAGCCAGCUGGGUAUUAGUCACAAAUGAGUAGUGACACCUUGCUAUAUAUGCUGUGUUGAGGGGGGACAAGUCGGACUUCAAAGGAUUGAAGUUUUAUUUCUAACUACAGAUCUGUCAUGUGCAUCUUGCCAGACAGGACAUCCGACUUACAGCUCACCAAUCAGGGAUAUUUUUUGUGAUGUUGGUAGGAACCUGCAAAUUAGAAGAAAUUGUCGUGGGGGAGUUCCUCAGUAUGGAACUGUGUAUGUGCAUGCAGGUCAUCCUGUCACUGAUUUCUCGCUUACAGAGGGUUCACGCUGUUCUUCUAAUCAUAGUGUGAGGACCAACGAACAUUUUCUGAUUUUUGGUAAGACUGAAAAACAUUUAUGGAGACUUCCCCAAUUAAAUCUAUGACAGUGUCAAAAUAAUGUAAUUAAGUAUAUCCUGAAGUAACUGCAACGCAAAAUUGAAAUGGCCAGUAGUAUGUCAGCUUUGCACCUGGAAGAUACUGUGUAUUUGGAAAGCUUUUGCUUCUCUAAAAAAAAUAUGUUAUUAAGUAAGCCAUAUCCCCUUUAAGAAAUUGUAUAUACUUUUCCAUUUGCCCUUUCAGAAACCAGGUAUUUUGCAUAUGAUUGAUUUUAGGAAGAUUUUGAAGCUGGGGUUUGCCCAUGUAAUUUAAGAUCAAAGUAUAGUAUAUGUAUAUGUACCAUAUUUGCAAUUUUCAAAUUGUAAUUUCCUAUACAUUUAUUAAAGUAUUGUUUUGCUGUGUGGUUUAUUAAAAAAUGAAAAUAUACAACCCCCCUUAAAUCUCUGGGUUUUUUUUUUAUUGAUUAAAUAAUAGCAGUAGGCCUUAAAACAUGAUAAUCUUAAAAAGCAUGAGAAAGUGGAUUAUAACCUAAUUAGUUUUAUCAAAUCAGAUGGUAAUGCCCUCUUAGAUGUUUAAGAAAUAAACCUGAAAAAAACCUUCCAGAUAAGGAAAAAAAAGAUACUAAAAGAAUCUGUAACUUUUUCUGUCACUUUUAAUAUCCCUGCAGCCCCAGCAACAGUGGCAGAAAGGGAAGAGCGAGGCUCCCGCUCGAGUAAGAUUGGUCAGGGCCUCCGUGAAGUCUGGGCGUGAUGACCUGCUGACCCUCCGGGAGUGUAGGUGAGGGGUUGGUCAGCACACACUGCUUCACCGGCCAAGUCUGGCCUACAGCCUGAUUUGUGUGGCCCAAGGAGCUCAAAAUGGUGUUUAUAUUUUUUUAAUGGUUAAAAAACAUCAGAAGAGUAAGAAUAUGCUAUGAAAAUUAAGUUGAACUUUGUUCGUCAAGCACAGCCAUACUCCUUAGACCGUGGAUCGUCUGGCUGCUUCCAUGCCACAGUCGCAGAGAGUAGAGGAGUUGGGACACAUACAAAGAGAUUUGCUCUCCGAUCAUUUAUAGGACGAGUUUGCCUGCCCCUGGUGUACACUGUUGUACCCUUUCAGGCUAUAACAGCAUAUAUGGGUGCAGCAAACUUGUCCAGAUCCUGUUGGAAGUUUGAGAUGGGCCAAUCUGAAGGUUACCUGAGCCACCAAAGGUUCUCUCCCUCCCUUUGUCUUUUUUAUUUUCUAUAUCCUCCUCAGAGUUGGGGGCAGAAAGAGGAAGAGAGUGGCAAGGUUUCAAAUGUGCCAUAUGACCUAAUGUACACUAGCAAAGCAGUUUUCUACCCCGAACACCAGGAUCAUUUAACAACACUUUUCAAGGGGCGCCUGGGUGGCUCAGAAUCCAACUCUUGGUAUCAGCUCAGGUCAUGAGCUCAGCGUUGUGAGAUCGAGCCCUGCAUCAGGCUCCAUGCUCAGCAGGAAGUCUGCUUGGGAUUCUCUCCUUUCCAUCUGCCCCCACCCUGCGUAUGUGCACGCUCUCUCUCUCUAAAAAAAUGAAUCAAAAUACUUUUUUUUUUUUUAAAGAUUUUUUAUUUAUUUGAGAGAGAGAAUGAGAGAGAGAGCAUGAGAGGGGGGAGGGUCAGAGGGAGAAGCAGGCUCCCCGCUGAGCAGGGAGCCCGAUGCGGGACUCGAUCCCGGGACUCCAGGAUCAUGACCUGAGCCAAAGGCAGUCGCUUAACCAACUGAGCCACCCAGGCGCCCCAAAAUACUUUUCAAUAUAAAGGUUUAUUUACUUGAUUUUUAAAUUUUAAGUUAUGACAAAAGGGAAAUUAAAAUGUAUAUAUGUCAAGUAUCUCAGGUAGUUUGUGCCAACUGGGAGCUCACAAGUGAAAAAUAACCUUUUAUCUGUUAAAUAAGAUGAAAAUUGGGGGGUUCCUGGGUGGCUCAGUCGGUGAAGUGUCUGCCUUGGGCUCAGGUCAUGAUCUCAGGGCCCUGAGAUAGAGCCCCCUGUUGGGCUCCCUGCUCAGCAGGGGGUCUGCUUUUCCCUCUCCUCCCCGCUUGUGCUCACUCUUGCUAUCUCUGUCGCUCUUUCUCAAAUAAAAUCUUUAGAAAAAGAAAAGAUGAAAAUUGGUUAUUGGGCUUUUAAAAUAUGUUCUUUAAAAUUUUCCAGUCACUUAGGGAAAGAUACAUCUAUUUUUGAAAAUAAUAAUGAUACAUAGUUUUAGAUAAGUUAAUACUAGUGAGAUGUUACAUAUUAUUUGAUUACUUACCUAGCUAGAUCUAUCUAAAAUGUUGUGCCUUUUUUUUUUGGUCCACAUCAGAUGCUAAAAUAAAUUCUAAGUUGGGGUAAUAGCCUUACAAACUCUUAUUUAUGCCAAACUUUUGGUUUUAUUUAUUAGAAUAAUGUUUGGUUAUAAUUCUUUUUUGUUUUGUUUUGUUUUGGUGGGUAGCAAAGGAAGGUUUAUUGAGUGAUAGCAAAGUGAUAGUACAAAGCUCCCAAGGAGGGAGGGGACCCAAGAGGGUUGCCCGGUUAUAAUUCAAUUCCAACUAUGAUCUAUUAUAAUUGCGUAAGCUAUGAAAUAGCCUAAGCAUAAGCAGGAAGUAUGAAGCUUUAUGACUAAAUAUGAUCUCUACAUAAAUCAUCUGUUUAAGAUUAAUUAGGAGGUUUAAAAACCCAGCCUCAGUGAGAUAUUACCAAAGAUCUCAUCAUUUUCAAGCAGCAUUCUGGGUUAAGGCUCUCCUGUGACUUUUACAGAACAUGAACUAUAAAGUCUGGCGUAUGGGUAUUACCCAAUAAAUAUAAAGAUGAUACUUUGUAAUUUACCAAAUAGCUUCCAUGUCUCCUUUCC